AUGUGCGUCAGGGAGGGCGGGAAAAGAUGUUCUGGGCCUGCUGCCUAUGUCUGUGCGCUGGCGGCAUGCCUCUUGCUGGCCGCUGUGCCAGUGCGCGGUGACGGGCCAGGCGGGGGGGCGGGCGUCCGGGACGGCGAGGGCGGCAGUAAGUGGCGGAGCACCGAUGCGUUGCACCCCAUUGCGGCCGAAAUGCGGCCCUACGUGCGCGAGAUGAUAGAGCACGCCUUUGGCUCUUACAUCAAGUACGCCUUCCCGAAGGACGAGUUGUGCCCGGUGAGCGGGACUGGGAAGAACACCAUGGGUGGCUACGGGUGGACGCUGAUCGACGCACUCGACACACUGGCGGUCGCUGGGCUGCAUACGGAGUUUCGCCGCUAUGCGAAGUGGGUGGAGGAGCACGUGAGCUUUGACAUCGACGUCACUGUCUCUGCGUUUGAGACGACCAUCCGCGCCCUCGGCGGGCUUCUCGCGGCGCACUUUAUGUACGAGGAGGGUGUGGUGGCGGUUGUUGCCUCGGAGCACAACUACACGGGUGGACUCGUGCGCCUCGCCGCGGACCUGGGGAAUCGGCUCCUCCCCUGCUUUAACAGCAGCACCGGGAUCCCGUACUUGUCAGUCAACCUCCGGCACUACAGUAGCUCGACGUGGAAUAGGGGCACCUCCACUGCCGAUGCGGGCACCUUUUUGCUGGAGAUGACGGCUCUGUCCGGGAUCACUGGCGACGACAGGUACGAGCGAGCUGCCCGGCGUGCCUCCGAGGCCUUGUUUGCCGCACGAAGCCCUGAGACGGGGUUGAUGGGGAACCAAAUUGACGUCACGACCGGAAAAUGGAUUGGAGUUGAGUCUCACCUUUCUGGCGGGAUUGACAGCGCCAUCGAGUACUUUAUCAAGUCGCACGCCAUGACUGGGGACAUUGGCGACUGGGAGCGUUUUGAGCGGACGGUGCGAGAUGUGAACCACUACGUCAGAAAAGGCGGCAUGCUGACCACCGUCGAUAUGCAAAACGGUCGAACGUGGCGGGAGGUACACACGUCCCUGUCCUCCUUCUUUCCCGGCAACCUGAUCCUUGGCGGCCACCACACAGAGGCAACGGAGAGCAGCUGGCCGAUCCACAGCAUCUUCAAGCACUUUGGAGCGUUGCCAGAGGACUUUUCUUUGAGCGGUGCAGAUCCCUCCUUCGGCUACCCGCAGCGUCCCGAGCAUGCGGAGUCGGUGUACAUGCUGUACCGCGCGACCCAUGAUCCUGCGUAUCUUGUGAUGGGAAGGGAACUGGCAUUGGCGAUCAACUUGCGCAUGCGGACACCGUAUGGCUUUUCCACGCUGCACAACGUGAAACUUCCCCACCGUGACUCACAACACGGCGAUACGAUGGAGAGCUUCAUGAUUGCAGAGACCCUGAAGUACCUGUACCUUCUUUUUGACGAGUGCAACGCGGUGCACGUUCAGGGGAAGCCCCGUGGCGGCAUCCCGCCGUAUUGUGCCGCUGUGGAGAGCGGCAGCAGUGUGGGGAGCCACGUGGGGUGGGUGUUCAACACCGAGGCGCACUUGUUCCCCAACACGGCAGAGUGGUGGGGCCCCAUAUCCGUAGAUGAAGCAAAGGUGGAGGAGGACGUAUCAGGGGAGACGCUGAUGGAACGUCGUCUGGAGGUAAUUGAUGGUCUCAUUGAAAGUUUUCAUGCGUUGAAGCGCGACGGCAAAGACCGUGGAAAGGGGAAUGCCACGACGCACCAAUUUUACUGUGCCAAUCAUGCCGUAAACGACGUGGAACGGAUUUCCAAGUCUAUAUUCCGCUGA